UCUUGAAGUAUUGCACCGUCGAAAAAAUCUGAGUGUCACUGUUUAUAAUGUACUUCCCCAUUUCUCCGUUGACCAUGAAUAUCUAUCAAUAACGUAACGCACUUAAAAUUCCCUCCACACACACCCCCUUAGAGAGAGAGAGAGAAUGGGAACUCUUGCAGUGGAUUCCACCGGAAGAUUCCCUGAAGGUGGUGAAAAUGAUUCUAGGAAUCUCGACGCCGGCGCCCUCUUUGUCCUUAAAUCUCGAGGUUCAUGGCUGCAUUGCGGUUGCCAUCUAACGAUGGCUAUAGUUUCGCCUGUGCUGCUGAGCUUGCCCUUCGCCUUCACCUUAUUGGGGUGGAGCGGCGGCCUUCUUUGCCUCACGGCUGCCGGACUCAUCACGUUUUACUCCUAUAGCCUUCUCUCUAUUGUCUUGGAGCACUUCGCACAACUUGGAAGGCGUCAUCUCCGAUUCCGUGACAUGGCCCACGAUAUUUUAGGGCCGGCAUGGGGACGUUACUUUGUGGGCCCACUUCAAUUAGGCAUAUGUUACUUUGCAGUAAUUGCAUGUACACUUCUUGGUGGGCAGAGCCUUAAGUAUAUUUAUUUGCUAUCUAGACCAAAUGGAAGCAUGCAACUUCAUCAAUUCAUAGCGAUAUUUGGAGGGCUAACCCUAAUCAUGGCUCAAAUGCCAUCAUUUCAUUCUCUAAGACACAUCAACCUUGUUUCCCUUUUUUUGUGCCUUGCUUAUUGUGCUUGUACCACAGCUGGCGCUGUUUAUAUAGGACAUUCUCACAAAGCGAGUAAAACGGAUUACACAGUGAGCGGGAAAAGCAUAAAUCUUGUUUUUGGUAUCUUCAACGCUAUCUCAAUCAUCUCCACUGCUUAUGGAAAUGGUAUUAUUCCAGAAAUACAGGCCACUAUCGCACCACCAGUGACAGGCAAGAUGUAUAAAGGAUUAUUGGUGUGUUAUUCGGUGGUGAUAUCAACUUUCUUCGGCGUAGCCAUUUCUGGAUAUUGGGCAUUUGGAAAUCAAUCACAACCGUCAAUUCUCUCUAAUUUCAUUGUUGAUGGACAGCCCUUGCUCCCCAAAUGGUUUCUCCUCAUCAUCUAUGUCUUCACUCUUAUCCAAAUCUCAGCUGUCAAUUUAGUGUACAUGCAACCAACGAAUGUGGUUAUAGAGCGCAAGUUCGCGGACCCAAAGAAGCCGGAAUUUUCGAGGCGCAACGUGGUUCCGCGGCUCGUUUUCCGGUCAUUAUCGGUGGCGUCUGCGGCCACGGUGGCGGCGAUGCUUCCUUUCUUUGGUGACAUGAUGGCGUUGGCCGGCGCACUCGGCAUCAUUCCUCUAGAUUUCAUUUUACCUAUGGUUUUAUAUAACGUGGCAUUCAAACCUUCUAAAAGGAGCUUAAUCUUUUGGGUCAACACUGCCAUCGCCGCCGUUUCUACCGUGUUGGUCGCCGUUGGGGCAGUUGCGUCUGUCCGCCAAAUCAUUCUGGAUGCCAAAACUUACAAACUGUUUGCUAACAUGUGAUAAUGCACGAUAAAUAUUUUCUUUUUGUUAUUAUGAGUUUAUAAGAAUAUCAGUUCAAAAAAAAGGUUUGUAAUAACAUUUAGUUUAUAGUACUAUAUCUUAGAAGGUUAUAAAU